AUGUCAAGUGUAGCACAACAAGAACCAACCAGUGCCUCUACCCAAUUUCUUUCCGAUAUAAUUGGUAAGCCCGUGAAUGUCAAGUUACAUUCCGGUAUGCUAUACGUGGGUACUUUGGAGUCCAUUGAUGGGUUUAUGAAUAUUGCAUUAUCUAGUGCUACUGAACACUACGAAAACAAAAACAACGGGCUAAUCAAUACUUAUAACAGUGACGUCUUUUUGAGAGGUACUCAAGUCAUGUAUAUAAGUGAGGUAUAA